AUGGGGGAGCUGAAGACGCAGCAGGAGAAGCUUGAGGGAAGUGUGCUCUGCACUGAGCAUGGUGCGCUUUUUGAGCAGCUCGUUGAAUUGAAUGAGCAGCUGCGCGUGAAGAUUGAAAUGUACGCAUCAAUAUUGAGCGGAAAUCCCUCGGAAGGGUGGGAAACUGUCUCUCAAAACGACUACGAAGAGGUGAAGCCGGUGUCCUGCACGGGUGCGGAAGGGAAUGUGACCGAUGGUGCGGUGUUCGAGGCUGCAUUGCCAUGGGAAGAGGAGGAGGAAGAGCAGAAAGAGGAUUUUUCACUAGAAAAAUGA